GCAUUUAAAGGCAGCAUUUUACCGCAGUGGCAUCAGCAUCACAGACAGAGCCAGCGCAUCCACGCUGCACACGGACCGCGUCCACACACAGUCCGGGGUCUGGAUCAGGUCUAGGGCAAGAACAGGGGCAGGUAUGAACACGGAGGAGACACGCGUGGAGAUGAAGGAUGCUGAGAACGGGAUUGCUCAGCCGCAGCCGCCCGUGGAUGAGGCCGGGGACGCGGACCCGCCCGCGGACCCCGCAGACCCCGCGGACCCCGCGCCGGCCGCCCCGGAUGCUGAUGCCACGGAGGCCGAUGUGAGCGAGGGGGAUCUGGACCAGGAGGAGCAGGAGAAGCAGCCGAUGGCCGCGGACGGCGUGGAGGCCGGGGCCGCCGAGACGAACGGCGCCAUGAAGCUGAAGAUGCUGGAUGAUGAGGAGGAGGAGGAGGAGGAGGAGCGGGAGCAGGUGGCGGUGAAAUUCACCGGCCUGAGCAAGGAGGAGCUGCUGCGGGUGGCAGGCACCCCGGGCUGGGUAAGGACUCGCUGGGCUCUCCUGCUGGUGUUCUGGCUGGGCUGGCUGGGAAUGCUGGGAGGGGCCGUCCUCAUCCUCCUGCAGGUUCCUCCCUGCAAGGAGCUGCCUGCCACCAGAUGGUGGAAUUCUGGACCCCUGUUCCAGAUUGAAUGCAACCAAACCUCCGGUGACACGCACUACCUGAAAGGUCUGGAGCAGAAGGUGGACAGUCUGUAUAAAAUGAAGGUGAAAGGUUUGGUGGUUGGACCGAUUCACGUGGCUCCCCCCGAUGAAGCCAUGAGUCUGAGGUUGGAGGAGAUUUCACCUGAGGCUGGAAACCUGGAUCAGUUCAGAAGUUUCACCCGGGCAGCUCACAAAAGGGGUAUUUCAGUGGUUCUGGAUCUGACUCCAAACUACCUGGGAUCAUCUGGACCUUGGUUCUCCACCGUCAGUAUGACAAACGUAGCAGAGAGACUGAAGUCUGCUCUGGUGUUCUGGCUGGAGGAAGACGUGGACGGCAUCCAGCUGUCGGGGGUGGAGCAUGUGGCGGCCCUGGUCCCUUCCCUGUGGUCCGACAUUCGAGCCAUCAUCCAGAAUGGGACAGACAAGUAUCCAAACAAGAGAGUCCUGAUCGGUGUGACGGACAGCUCCUCCGCUGAGAAUGUGUCUGCCAUCCUCUCCUCAACCGGAGUGGACCUGCUGAUCUCCAAUCUCGUCUCCAUCAAGUCCAUCCUGGGUGAUCCUGUAGAACUGGCUCAGGCCGUUCAGCUCUUGUACUCGUCCCACGGCCAGUCCCAGCUGGCCUGGAACCUGGGCCUGCAGCCCUCUGACCUCCCGCUGGAGAGCCGCUCUCUGAUGAGAGCGGUCCAGCUGCUGCUGAUGACACUGCCUGGGACGCCCGUGCUUCGUGAUGGAAGAGGGAUGUGCCCGAUGAACCUUGUGAGCGAACUUCCCAUGAAGAGCUGGAACUCUGAGCAGGAGCUGAAUGAAACUACGACGGAGGACCAAAUGUCAUGUAAUGACUUUUUCCAGACUGUGAGCAAACUUCGGGGUAAAGAGCGUUCCUUGCUAUACGGAGACUUCAUGUUCCUCCACAACUCAUCAUCCUCCCUGGUGUACCUGCGCGUCUGGGAUCAGAGCGAGCGGUACCUGGUGGCCUUCAACCUAAAGGGGAAGGAGACGGUGCUGCAGCUGAGUGAUAAGGCCCUGCCACGUCAGGCCUCCGUCACCCUCAGCACCACCAGUGGCGUACUGCCUAAAGAAAGGACUGUGGACCUGAGGGACCUGCACCUGGGUCCAGAACAGGCUGCACUCAUCAAGUUUCCCUACAGCGGAUAAAGAAGAUUCACACAGUUCAGAUUCGGUUUCUUCUCCUGUCUGAUCAAAAGUUAAAGUCCUGGUUUUGGUGUAGUAGUCAUAUUUCUGUGUAAUGUGAAGUAAAACACUGUCGUGGAUGAGGUGAAAUGAAUAGCAGAAAAUACUAAAUCCACUCACUUUCCCAAACUACUAUUAAUGAUCACAGGUUCUGGUUGGUAACAGUGAAAACAUGGUUGUGGUGUGUGUUCUUAUCCCAGUUCUCCCAGUCCUUCUGGUGUGCGAUGUGAAUGUAAAUAUUGUCUCUUGCAUUCUGUUAAAAUGAGAGAAAAUAAAAACAUGGUAAAGCAAAAUUAAAGAAACAUCUGAUUGUUCUGAGGGAAAUCAUGGAAGACUGUCUGCAGUUCUGGUAUCAGAGGACAAGAUGGUGCUGUAAAUGGUCCAGGAGCAAAAA